UUCACUAUCAGUUAGCAAACGCUAUAGCUAAGUACUACGUCAAAGAAGGAACUAGCAUGAUUUUUCUCCUUUCCCCUUACUGUCGGGAAUCAUAACAUCUAAGCCAAAAUUCACAUUGCCGUCAAAGUGUUACACUGUAUGUGUAGAAACAACGGUGAUUGCGGAGAACGCUUAUAUUUACAUACGGUUUGUUGAAUAGGGCUCAGUUAGCAUUUGGCUAACAGGCUAAUUGGUCUAGGGGGGCAUGCGCUAGCCUAGUAGCGUCCCACAUUGGAGUAGGAGACAGACAGCGCUAAAGUGACAAGAAGGCGAAGCGAAUCCGCCCUUAUUCGUUUGGUUUAUUGAUUUAUUUUUCUUUAGAAUAAUGGCGGCCCCUACUAACGAGGCCUUGUUUUUGCUAAAGGAUGUGAAACCCGGGUCGAAAAAUUUGAAUAUCGUGUUCAUCGUUUUGGAGAUAGGGCGCGUGACGAAAACGAAAGACGGCCACGAAGUCCGCUCGUGCAAAGUGGCGGACAAGAGUGGCAGCAUAGCAAUCUCAGUUUGGGACGAACUCGGUAGUCUAAUUCAACCAGGAGACAUCAUCAAGCUCACCAGAGGUUAUGCAUCUAUAUGGAAAGGCUGCUUGACUCUGUACACUGGAAGAGGAGGAGACCUCCAGAAGAUUGGAGAAUUUUGUAUGGUGUAUUCAGAAGUGCCCAACUUUAGCGAACCAAAUCCAGAGGUCCUAGCCCAAGCAAACCAGCAGAACAAGUCUGGUAAGCCGGACCAGAACCAGCGAGGAAACUCUCCCCCGAAUCAGAACUCAGGUACACCUGCUCCACCAGGUAACGGUGCCUUGCCACCAUUUGCCAACAACCCCCCACCCGGCACACCACGCGACUCCACGUUUGGGGUCAUCGGACGACCCAACGGCCGGUCACCUGGCAACGGCGCGCCUCCCGUUAACGCCGCCGGACCGCCGCCGGCCACAAAGUCCUCAGUUACCAUUAGCAACGGCAGGGACCCACGCCGCGCCAAAAGAUGAAAGCGGGAGGGUGUGACAGGGUGGGGCUCCAGGAUCUCUGCUCCAGUUUGGCUGGCUCUUGACCACAGCCUGGAUCAACAUGGAUGAUCAACUUUUACAUUGUUAUUGUUGUUUUUUUACUCAAAACUGUGGUCAGACGUGUCAUUAGUCCUUUGGAGUGCAAGUACACUUCUCGAGAAGCCAAACCCGACACCCCCACCCCCUUUCUGUUAAACUUCACGCCCUACUUGAACACUCGAUGCACUUUCUUCUCUUAAUUUAUGCUGAAACGUGGCGACCCGUUAGUUUCUCCUUUUUAGUUUUCAUUUUGAAGUGGUAAAUGCCUUAAGUGGAGUUUUUGAGAUCCAACGCCCCAGGAGGAGAUGUGAGGCGUCUUCCUGCUCUUAACCAAACUGUUCAAAGAUGUUGGUUGUUUUUAAUCAUUUCAUUUUAACCAAUUUGGUCGUCUCAGAUCAGCUCUUAAUGUCAGAGAUUGUCAUGUUUGUUCCACUGCCUUGUACAGAAAGUUGUCGAUAAGUUUUCUGUUAAAACCUGAUCUAAAGACUUUUCUGAGCUAGAAUCAUCACAUUUACUGUUAAACUCAACCAAAUUAAAGUUCAACUACAGAAGGUCAGAAGCAGCUGGAAGUUGCUGUUACUUUUUUUUUUUAAACUCUUCGGCUCCAUCUAGUGUCCGGAAAAUGAAAUUCUUUUGCUUUUCUGGAAAGUGUACAGAGAAACCAUUGCAUAUCGAACGUCUCACCGUGUCAGUAAAAGAAUGAAAGCA